AUGGGUGCUCGUCGCCACUUGCCUGAGAACCACACUUGGCGAACAAGUAAGCUCUUCAAUGGUCAAACGGAGCAUAGGUCCAAACCUUUGGAGUUAUCGGGGGACCAAAUACUAGAGCAAAUUGAUUCUGGGACUUACAAGCCGUAUGGAAAGCACCCACAAAAUCGAAAACGACAAAGGAAUGAACAUCAAAAUUUGAAUUGGAGCAAGAGAAGCAUUAUGUUUGACUUGCCCUAUUGGAAGACGUUGAAGCUUCGACACAACCUUGAUGUCAUGCAUAUUGAGAAGAACAUAUGUGACAAUGUCGUUGGGACACUUUUGAGCGUAGAUGGAAAGAACAAGGACACGGACAAAGCACGCUUAGAUUUGGAGGACAUGAAAAUACGUAAAGAGUUACAUUUGAAGAGGCGUUCUAAUGGGUCCUUUGAGAAGCCUCCCGCAUUGUUCACAUUGUCGGUGAAAGAGAGGGAAGGCUUUUGUGAUUUCUUGAAAUCAAUAAAGUACCCUGAUGGCUAUGCAGCAAAUAUCUCCAAUUGCGUAAACGCUCAAGCUGGAAAAUUAUCUGGACUCAAAAGUCAUGACAGUCAUGUCCUUAUACAACGACUUCUUCCAAUUGGGAUGCGUGGCUACCUGAAUAAGGAAAUUGGAACGACACUUUUUGAGUUGGGAAAUUUCUUCAAACAAUUGUGUUCAAAGACAUUGAGGCGUUCAGAUUUGCAUAAAUUGGAUGAACAAAUCGUACUCAUACUUUGUAAGCUUGAGAUGCUUUUCCCGCCGGCUUUCUUCGAUGUCAUGGUCCACUUGGCAAUUCACUUGCCUCGAGAGGCUAUGCUUGGAGGCCCAGUGCAAUAUCGAUGGAUGUACCCAAUUGAGAGGUUGCUUGGCCGUCUAAAAGGGUUUGUGGCCAACAAAGCUCAUCCUGAAGGUUCUAUUGCCGAGGCUUACAUUUCCAAAGAAUGUACAACAUUUUGUUCAAUGUAUUUGGAUGGAGUUGAAACAUUGUUUAACCGCCCAGAAAGGAAUUAUGACAUGGGUGACCAUGGCCCAGGGUUGACGGUAUUCACUCAAACUAUGAAUGAAUUGUGGAGCCAAGUUUCCCCUGAAGCAACUGAUGAUAUGUGGUCAUUAGCCAAUGGUCCUAGUGGCUUAGUGAACACAUAUUCAGGAUGUAUUUGUAAUGGUGUCCGUUAUCAUACUAUCGAUCGUGACAACCGUCGGAAAAGUCAGAAUAGUGGAUUAGUCAUUGAAGGGGAGCAUCAAGGCCAAUUGAUACACUUCUAUGGACACUUGUGCAGAGUGUGGGAACUGAACUAUUUGUUCAGACGUCGGAUUGUAUUGUUCCAAUGUGAAUGGCUUAACACCGGUAGUAGUAGAACUAUGCAUGUAGAACCACAUUUCACAAUAGUUGAUGUAACAAGUCGAUGGUACAAAGAUGACUCAUUUAUAUUACCAAGUCAGGUUGAACAAGUAUUCUAUGUUAAUGACACCAAAUUAGGUACCAAUUGGAGAGUCGUAGAAAAGUUUCAACAUCGAGGAAUUUGGGAUGUGCCAGAGAUGGAUGUCGUACAACCUGAUGAUGCGUUUCAACAAGAAAAAACCACCGAGGUCGUACCUGCUAUGGCUAUUGAUGAUGAUGUGGUUUUGCGUCGACAUGAUAUUGAAUCUGAAAUUAUUCCAAUGGAAGUGUUGCAAUCUGUUAGAGGUGUAGAAGCCAAGGGUGUUACAGAUGAUGCCUUCAUCUGUGAUGAUGAAGAUGGAUUAAUGAGGGAGGGUGACGACACAGACGAAGAAUAUGACCUACAAAGUGAUUUUGAUACAGAUGUUGAUGUACAAUCUUGA